AAGUGCUUUGCAUCCAUGAAUGUCUUCAAUUUGAACGAAACAUCAAUGUCCUUAGGGCAUCGUUAACUAUGUGCCAGCUUUAGAUCAGUUCUUUAUCACCCAGGAAGUAGGAGAUUACCAUUAACCUUUAACUGUGGCCAUCGAUUAUAUUGCAAAAUUUGUGGCUAGAGAUUAAAACAUAAUGAACAUAGUAUAAACCGUCAGCAAUGUACUUCCACACUGCAUUGGCCAUUCUAGCUGUCUCUCUGUGCCUCAUGAGUGGAACUUUUGGUGUCAGAAGUAAUCAGUAUGGCAAGACAUUUGUUGUAGCCAUGCCUCGCGCUCUUAUGGUCAACAACACUCCAGGCGCAAGCAACAUCACCUUUUCUUUCUAUUCCAUAAGUUUUCACAAAUUUCCGGUCAAUUUGACUUCGGAAGAAGCGUUAUGUAAUUAUUCAAUCAUUAUGGUUGGAAACAAAGAAUUAGCUCUACACUCUAUGCUGGAUUGUACAGGAAGCAGAUUGAAUGAUUCGGUGGUUACUAGAUCAGCCUAUCGAGCUGUUGGAACUGAUUUGUUUUCUAUGUGGUUGUCUGUCAAUCACGGCCCGUCAUCUACAGAAUUAAUGCUGGCAGUACCGACAGAAGGAUGGGGAAACAUUUACUAUGCAGUGACACUGAGGUAUAUACCCUCUGUUCUGGUCAUAUCUCUUACGGAAACCAAGGUCAUGAUUAAGCUUCGGAUUAAGUCAGAGCCUGGAAUGCUGAACGUCAUAGAGUACAAGAAUAAAACCUACGGCAACAAUGAUACCAUAGUAGAGACUCUUCCAAGGCGAAGUGCGUUCGAGUUGAUCAACUGUGUCAAUAGUAAAAAGAUGUACGGGGAAUUUACAGGAACACAAAUCAUAGGAAGCUAUCCCAUCGGCGUUGUCACUGGCAACUGCCUUGGCGUCACAUCUAACUCGGAAUGCUUUGUCACAGGAAAACCUGAAAAUGAGACUGUGAGCCCGAAUCUUGUUUUGGAGUACUUACUCCCAGCGGAGAGCUACGGGAAGACAUUCUUUGUAUUGCCAGCGUUUGAGGACCCUCUCAGCACCUACCUGAUGGUGGUUGCUGCGGCGGACGGCACAACGCUGACCGUAACCACCAACAUAACAACCUUCAUCAAAAUUGACAAGCAGGGUGACUCGUUCCAGAUAAACAAUGGCGCCAAGCCGUACAGCAUCAGUAGCAGCAGGCCAGUUCAGGUCACGUACAUUCGGAGGUCUGCAUGCAUGCCGUUCAAUUCUUACAAAGGAUACGCCACCAUGUCCCUUCUGAUUCCAACUGAGCUCUUCCUGGACAUGUACCACUGGACGACACCCUAUUUUGAGGACGAGUAUCGUAUUGUACAUCACGUCAUCUUGGUUGCACCGAAUGAUAGCCACGCCAAUAUUUUGAUUGAUGGUCAGUUGUUAUCAGUAAAAAAAAUGACUUGGAUGCCUGUAGAGGGCGCCAAGAAUUGGUCAGUGGGCAAUCUAGCCCUAACUCGUAUCCGGAAACCACACGAGUUGAUCACGUCGGCUAAAAAGGUUCGAUUCGGCUGCUACCUGCUCGGGUUGAGCGCGCAUGGCAGCUACAUGAUGCCAGCUGGAUUUAUAGCUGCGAGCCUGUAUGAGAAAGGCUGUGUGAAAAGUGAUAUAGCGAAAACUAAAAAUUCUGAUUUUGUUGAUAAUGAUUGUGAUGGGAGAGUGGAUGAAGAAGACGACAAUGAUAUAGAUGAUGAUAAUGAUGGCCUGAUAGAUGAAGACCUCGGCAAUCCGCUACCAGUUAAUGGCCGAUGGAGUGUCUGGACAGUUUGGAUCUGCGCCAGCUGUAACAGCAGUGGGGCUGAAGGAAGCUUCAGGGAGAGGAAAUGUAAUAACCCCGCCCCUUUAUACGGAGGUCACUACUGCAUUGGAAACGAGACUGAACAAGGGACAGGACCAUGCACAUGUCCUUUCAGCAAUGCCAACGCUACCGGGAACAAAACAUUUCCUUACUUCCCUGAUAAAGACAGCGAAGUUCCCGGCGAAAAAAAGGGAUGGGAAGACGAGGCCUACUGGGAUGAAUGGACUGAAUGGAAAUGCAUGGAGCCUUGUGACCUCGAUAAGAUGUUCAGGUUUAGGAAGUGUUAUCAUAAAAAGGAACUGAAGAUCAGUGAACUAUGUCAGGGGCUCCGUACAGAAGACAUGCCUGCCAAUUGCAAAAACAGAUGCGCCCAAGCUUGUCCACUUGGUAAAUGGCGGAAAGAUUGUCAGGGAGAUUGCAGUAAUUGUGAAGAUGACUGCAAUAAACUGACCGGAUACUGCGCUCGAUGUAAACCUGGCUUUCAAAACAACAACAUGUCCUGCUCUGACGUGUGCGGUCCAGAUAAAUAUGGGUUCAUGUGUCAGUCCCAGUGCUCCAUCAAAUGCAAUGGUGAAGACUGCGUGGAAAGAGUUACUGGAUCCUGCCCCGAAAGAUCGAAUGUCAUGUGGCUGACACUUCUGCUGCUUCUGUUUCCGCCCAUAAUGAUUCUCUUAUUUCUCAGAUACAAGCACAUCCAGGCUGGGCGAGAGGAUCCGCUGGCCUUCAUUGUGGAGUCUCCAUCCAAUCUGGGUGUGACAGCAAGCAAAAAGAGCCUCGGCACCUCAAGAUCCAAGCAAAGCAUGAAGUCGACCAAAUCCAAGCCAAGCAUGCGCUCUCUUGCUACCGGGCUCGACGGCAAGAAAAAGGAGAAGAGGGCAAACACUUCAGACACCACUGGCUCAGAAGUCAACUAACUUAAUAGUAACCGAGAGAAUGGUUUCCACUUGCAUGUUAGUUUCGAUUCACUGUUAGCAAAGACAUUAUGGAAUGUACAAAAAGGUCUUGCCCAAUUUUAAUGGCGAGUAAUGAAUGUAUGAAAUGCAAUAAAGAGCAGUUUAACA